AUGUCACAGUGCAUUUACGUGUGUGCCAAGUGCGGCUACGAGCUCUUCUCCAGCCGUGCCAAGUACGAGCACUCGUCCCCGUGGCCAGCCUUCACCGAGACCAUCCACGAGGACAGCGUGGCCAAGCGCAAGGAGCGGCCCGGCGCUUACAAGGUGUCUUGUGGCAAGUGCGGCAAUGGGCUGGGCCACGAGUUUCUCAACGAUGGGCCGAAGAGGGGCCAGUCCCGCUUCUGAAUAUUUAGCAGCUCGCUGAAGUUCGUCCCCAAAGACAAAGUAGAGGACUCGAAGGAGAAGUAAGCGAGCUGCUCUACCCAGCACACCGCUCCUCAGCUGAUCCCACGCUCACGCUUUGGGAUGGACCGUUGGGUCAACAGGGCACUCGGAGCAAUAGAAAACCUGAAGAAAAGAAGCUACUGGUUCCCCCAGGCCAGUUCUCUCCUUA